AUGGUCAAUCCAGUAACGCCCUCGAGAUUAGCUGCAAUAUCUGCUUACCGUAACCUGCUCAAGACACAGAGAGAUGUGUUUAAAAAUGACAAUGGUGCAAUCCAAGCAAGAGUAGCUGCCAAGAAGGAAACCCAUGCUAGGUUUAUGCAGUACAAAGAAGAAACAAACUGUGACAAACUGGCCCUGGCUGAACAAGUGGUAUCACUGCUGAAAAAGAACGUGAGCCUGGCAGAAUUGAAGAACGAGGGCGGAAUUGGUAACCUAUGA